UUCACGGUUCUUCUUUUCAGGUGGUCAGGUGAAGUGCUUCUGCGACCGUGACUCGUGCGACGACAAUCUUCUAUGCCAAGGAGAUUUCUGUUUCAUUGGCUUGAGACGAGAGGAUGGUAGUGACACUCCUAAAUUGCGACAACAUUGUGGUUCAACAGGAGACCUUUGCAAGUGCGAGGAGGACUUCUGCAAUACGUUUGCCUAUCUGCGUUCGUCGAUCGACUCGCAACAGGACCGACGUGACGUCAUACAGUUCACCAAACAAGACGCACCGUACCCGAAACCGGUUCGUCUACCGAAGUUCUCUUUAGCUACACGUUGUGUUUAA